AUGGCUCCCAGUGUUCUUGUGCAAGAUACCCCAAGCGUCGCAAGCGACGAACUGGGCCAACUCCCAAAUUCAGAAUCUAGCAAAGGAUAUUGGGACGAGAACCCAGAGCCAUCUUUGCUCCACCGAUCACUUCAUCAGAAGCCCCUCGUUGCUGUUUCAGCCUCUGGGCACGAGAUCACUCUUCAUAAUGGCUCGCGAGUAAUCGACGCCUGCGGUGGAGCAGCUGUGGCCAUUCUUGGUCACGGAAACAUGGAAGUCAUCGAAGCUACUUUCCAGCAAAUGAAGCAGGUUUCAUACGUUCAUACCCUGGCAUAUACGACAACGUCGUCAGAGGAACUUGCCGACUUACUCGUUGGCGAUGCACCAGGAGGUCUCAUUAAGGCCUUUUUCGUUGGUAGCGGAAGCGAAGCAAAUGACGGCGCCAUGAAGUUGGCACGGCAGUUCUUCUUCGAGAAGGGAGAAACUCAGAGAACACACUUCAUUGCAAGAAGACAAGGCUACCACGGCAAUACAUUUGGCAGCAUGUCUCUUUCCAAUAAUGUAUCACGGCUGCUUCCAUACAAGGACGUAUUACUCCCUAAUGUGAGCCAUGUGAGCCCGUGUUAUGAAUACCAGUUCCGAAAAGAAGGUGAAUCCAGCGUCGAGUAUGUCGCCCGCCUUGCUGCCGAGCUUGAUGCUGAGUUCCAGCGCGUCGGCCCAGGCAAUGUCAUCGCCUUCGUUGCGGAAACGGUUGGUGGCGCUACAAGUGGCUGCAUCACUGCCGAGCCAGGCUAUCACGCAGCAAUGCGCGAUGUUUGCUGGAAGCACGGUGCCUUGUACAUUCUUGAUGAAAUUAUGUGUGGAAUGGGGCGGACUGGCUCCACAUUCGCCUGGCAACAAGAAAAAGACGCAGAAGGGAACCAAGUAUCCCCGGAUAUCAUGACUCUCGGAAAAGGAUUAGGCGGUGGCUACGCGCCUAUCGCGGCUAUAAUUGUGAACAAGAAAGUCAUUGAAGUCCUGGAUCGCGGUACCGGUGCUUUCAAUCAUGGCCACACCUACCAGGCCCAUCCCGUUAGCUGUGCCACUGCUCUGGCAGUCCAGAAAAUUGUCCACCGAGAAAAGCUAGUGGAAAACUGUGAUAAAAUGGGCCAGGUUCUGGAAGGACUUCUCAGGGAAUACCUUGGAGGUCAGAAACAUGUUGGGGAUAUCCGAGGUCGUGGUCUGUUUUAUGCAGUCGAGUUUGUGCAAGACCGCGAGAGCAAGGAACCCAUUGACACUACACUCAACUUUGGCUAUGCUUUGCAGAAACAAUCCCUUGAUUUAGGAGUUGCCGUUUAUCCUGGACAUGGAACAAUUGACGGCGUGAAAGGCGAUCACAUCAUCAUUGCUCCCCCUUACACAGUGAAUCAGGACCAGCUUGAGAACAUCGUCAAGAUCUUAGCAGCGGCAUAUACGAUGACGGUGAAGAAGUUUAAUCUAUAG